GAGGGGUUAAGUGUUAGAGGGGAGGUGUUUCCGAGAUUCCUUGUAGGCUAGCCUGCCUACGCUAGAGAUCAAAACACUGUUGCAUUCAUAUUUUGUUAAUUUCUUAGGCUACUUUGUUUGGGAAGCAUUUGGCAUGCACUUCAAGUAGCUUUCGUUUUACAACUUCCAUGGCAGCCACCACAGCUCCCCUUGAGCCUAAAGCCCGCCUGGUUUGCUUUUGUUUGUUUUCUUCUCCCGCUUUGGAUUUGGAGAGUGAUUAUGGAAAUAUUUUGGCAAAAAUGUUAUCGCCGCCACAAAUUUCAUAGCGUACGGCAAUUAAUUGCUUAAGAAAAAGACGGCUUCGUUUUUCAUCUGUAGGCUAAUAGAUGUUUUUGAAACCACAGUUAAAGAGAAGUAAAUUAUGGCCGAUGGAAAUCGAACCGAAGUGUUUGUUUACGAGCAGGUUGUUAUUUUGAUAUCCUGUGCCCUCUCUUUCUUGGGAUCUCUGUUGAUUAUAUUAACUUAUAUUAUAUGGGCAGAUUUGAGAACUACUCCAAGAAAACUGCUGGUUUUUCUGUCCAUCGCUGACCUAUUGUCUGCAGUCUCUUACUCUUAUGGAGUUUGGACGAUUUUUGACGGAGACUCCUUGGCUUGUACCGUGCAAGGAGCAAUCUCUACAUUUGCCAACACAAGUUCAUUCUUCUGGACGGUUGCCAUCGCGAUUUACCUCUACAUUUUCAUCGUGAAGUCCAGUCAGAGACUGGCCGACAGUCUGGUGCUCUACUUUCAUUUGAUCAGCUGGGGGGUGCCUCUGGGUAUCACCGUGGCCGCCCUCUGCCUCCAUAAGAUCGGCUACGAUGCCUCGGAGGUGUCUGUGGGCUGGUGCUGGGUCAGCAUCAAAGCAAAGGACCACGUGCUGUGGAUGCUCCUGACAGGCAAGAUCUGGGAGUUCCUGGCCUACGUCAUGCUGCCGGUGUUCUACCUUCUGAUCAAACAUCACAUCCACCGGGCUCAUGCUGCGCUUUCUGAAUAUCGGCCCAUUCUGGCCAGCAGCCCCAUGUCCAACUCACUCACAUCCAUGGCGGACCGCAAGCUGACCCUCAUCCCUGUCAUCUUCAUCUUCCUGCGUAUCUGGAGCACCGUGCGCUUCGUGCUCAUGCUGGCCGACUCUCCGGCCCGUCAGCACCCCGUCCUGGUCACCUUACAUGGCAUCGGAAACACUUUGCAGGGAGCGGCCAACUGCAUCAUGUUUGUGCUGUGCACUCAGCCCGUGAGAGCCAGACUGGCCAACCUCCUCUGCUGCAGAGGCCAAUCCAGGGCACAGGGCGCCGAGUCCCAGCGCAAUGGAGGGGAAGACCCCCCCUCGCAUGUGGAGGACAACGGCACCCGCCGGUAUUUGGACGAGGAGUGAGACUGAGAGCACGGAAUGGAAUGGAGGAUAUUGACUCGGUAGCUCUUUGUAACAAAGAUAAGAGAAAGAUAGAGAGAGGGGGGGGAAGACAGAGAGAGAGAGAGAACGAAAAUAAAACAGGCAGACAAGAGGGAGAGGGAGGGGUGGAAUCGACUCUUAGCCGCAAGCCCCCAUACUCAACUCUCCCCUGCCUCCCACAGUCAUCUCAGCAAGUGCCUUUAAGGAUUAAUGGGGAGACUGCAGUCACAUGUUCACAAAGGCUGGGACACAAAUGCACUUUACAUUAUGAGGGUAGUAGUGAAGCAUUAUUGUAUGGCUCCGUUUUGAUAUUUCAUGAACAGACAGGACUCCUUUCUGUGGGUCUUUUUAACUUUUAUCACUUGAUAUUGGCACUCUGGGUUUUUCUGUACUGCUUUAGCCUUAAAAGGAGACCUUUCACUGAGGUAACCUUAGCUUUAGUAGUGUGGACAGAGUGUGAUUUUAUUCUGCGACCAAUGUGGCACAAGUACUGUAAACAGUCAGCACACAAGACGUUGAUUUUGUCGAGUUUGACACUAGUCUAUGCAAAUAAUGUGUACAGUUUGAGUUUUUAUUUACUAAUAUCUUUCUUUUUAUCUACCUGCCUCCAAAACACAAAUCAACCUGUCAUUGUGUGCUGUAUCAAACUAACUAUGUGCUGCAAGAAGUGUGGACAUAUUAUUUAAACAGUCUUAUCUGUUUACAUAAAUGCUGUUUUUAGUCA